AUGCAUGUCCGACCUGCCCAUGCGACCGAUCUUGCAGACCUGGCUACCAUCGCUAGAGACGCCAUGUAUUAUGACGAGCUGACCGUGGUCCUAGCCCCUCAUCGUCACCGACAUCCAGAAUGUCUCCGCCAGGGGAUUCUCAGACGUUUAAAGAAGCGCUUCUACGAUGGACACGUCGUCCUUGCUGCUGUGUCGGAUGAGAAUGACAUUUGGUGGGACGGCGUAGAGAGGGUGGUCGGCCAUCUAUCGGCCAGCUCUACUAAGCAGAAGAAAAUGGACACAGAGACGGAGAAGAAACCAUGGCUGCCAUUUUCCUGGAACGAGCUGGAGCUCCGACUCCUACGUCUGGAGGACCUCUUCGCAUGGUACACUCACGCCGAUCAAUCACUCUCGCGAAAAGCAUGGGCACAGUUCGUAAACGGUCCCCAUGACACUCGACCUUUUGCAAACAUCAAAGAAUAUUGGCACGUAGACCACGUAUCCGUCGACCCGGCCUAUCAAAGGAAAGGCAUCGGAUCUGCAAUGAUCAAGUGGCUGCAGAACAUUGCGGCCGAGGACAAUUUACCCAUCAUUCUUGUGGCAAGCCACCAAGGUCGACCGAUGUACCAAAAGUCAGGUUUUGUGGACCGUGGCCCUUCGGUGAUGGGACUUGGUCUAGUCAACGAAGCAAUGGCAUGGUUCCCGCCGGCCAUGUCCACCUCGCAUUCAGCUGGCGAGACCGAGGAUGGUUGCCCCUGA